AGAAGACCCGUGGGUGCAGGUCCCAGGUCGCCGGCACAUCUGGUGGAGACGCUGCUGGGUCGCUGGCCGCACGGGCUCCAUCUGCAUUUCGGGCAGUGCGCGCCAGAAGAGUUGCGAUCCGUCAAAGACCUGAGCGGAGACCCAGGACCCAGGACCCAGGGGCGGGCUGAGUGCCGAAGGCAGGUCGGCGCUCGUCAGGAUGACUGCGGGCAGAUACGAGGCAAUCAGGCCGCCCGGUUUGCUCCGACCUCUGCCUCCUGUUCUUCACGACCUUCUUUUCCCGCUCGGACCUAGACGAUAUCCACAACCAUCUCAACUCCAUCUAUGCUCGCUAUUCGUCGCUCGCUGUGUUCCCUGCAGAGGCCGUUGCCAUCGAUGGCGGUGCGUUGGCUGACCGCCUCGGCCACCGCCCUGAACGACCACGGCAAGAAGCCCAUCCACAGGACCGUCGGCGCAACCGCCCGAGACGGCGGUGGACGGGCGCUCGAGGUCCAGUCGAGCACGGCUGACCAUUCUUUCCGCUUCUCGGUCUCGGCCGUCUCGGGCUCCGAUCGACAGUCCCCGACGUCUCAAGAGUACCUGGUCGGUGCUCUGGCAGCCUCCGUGUCGCAUACGCUCCGCCAGCACUGCGAGCAGGACGCCAAGCUACCCCCGGUCGACCACAUUGUAGUGACAGCCGACCUGGAGACGAUUCCCUCUCGCGAGACCCAGGACCACCACAAAUCGCAUCGCAUCGAGCUCAAGGUCGAUCUCAUUGGGGCGCAUCUGACCCACAGCCAGAAAGUCAAGCUGGUGGGGCAUGUCCACGAAUCGCCCAUCUACCAGCUGCUCAACGAUGGCUCGCACAUCGAUCUGCUGCUCAAGGACGGCCCCAAGACCAAGCACAUCGCCCCCGCCGAAGCCGCCGAGGACCAUUGAGCCACAGCCCGGAGGAUUGCUGUCCGUUGCUUUCCGUCCUGGAGCCGGGUGCGGAGGGGAGGGGAGAGAGGGAGCGGGCUGCGCCUGAAGGUGCUGUCUUGGCUGAGUUCGAAUACAAUCCGAGCAAACCCGGCCCACA